UUUUCCGCUGCUAGAACUAUCGCAAAACAGAUUCGUUUAUUAAAUCAAGAUAAUAAAUAUUAUAUGGUAACAAGGAUAAAAAUAACAGUAAAUAGUAAAAAUUCAGUGGCAUUUACUCGUAAUGGAAAUGCAGAUGGUAAAAUAGGCGAUUUUCCUGUAAAUGAUACUGAUGUUGUUAACCGGGAGGAUAUUGAAAGAAUCAGGAUUACCGGUCCGGAAGCGGAAUUAGAGAAAAUGAUAAAGUUAAUUUUUUUAAAAGAUGAUGUGAAAGAUACCAAAAAUGAUGCUAAAGGUAGUUUCGCUUUUGAAAUAACCAUUGUUGGGACUUCCCAAGAUGCAAUAUUGAACUUAGUAGCAGCAGAUUUUACGGUAGUAGUGAACCGAGAUGAUCAAAAACAAGCCCUUUUGGAUUUGGAAAAAAAAUUAGCCGAUUUGGAAACCAACUUUCCCGGCGGUAAGGAUUUCACAAAGGGAUCAGAAUUAACCUUAACUGAUACUGAUGCCGAGAUUGGUGGAUUUGUUAAUAAUGGUAAUACUGGAUUGAAAUCCUACUUUCAUGGUACUUGGGAUGGUAAAACCGUUCUUGAUAAAACUGGUGAUGAAAAUAUUAAGCACUUUCUUUAUAGUUUAGCAGAUGGAGCGGGUACGACGAUUUAUAAGGAUGAAAUAAAUGCCCAAAUCUAUGAGAAUGGUUUUACUUUUAAUGAUGAUAGUGAUGAGUUUAAAAAAGUGACGGAUGAAGUGCUUUACAAGGGCUUUCCGGUGAUUGACCCUGAAACAGUAGCCACCGCUGGGGCUACGGAGGCGGAUGAUAUAACUUUUAACCCGGCACCUAGGGAAAGAUACUCCAAAACCGCUAUUGACAUGUUUCGUCAUAAAGAUAGUUUUUCAAUUGAACUACCAGAUAAUAUAACAGCCACUAAUCCAGCAAUAAAAUUGUUUGAGUCAAAUAAACGCGAGGAUUGUUGUGGUUUUCAACCGGGCGAACUUACAGCCAAUGGUGAUUAUCGAGGUCAUGGAGCCGGAUAUUUAAAUAGUGCUGUUGGCACCAAGGCCCACUCACUAGAUGUUAAUGCUCGUAAAUUAGAUACUAAAAUCGUCAUUGAUAUUUGGGAGGCGGCUACCUUAGACGAGGCCAUUAAUUUAGCCUUUUUUGGUCAGGAUUAUGCGGCGGGCACCAACAAAAAAGAUGCUGACCCAGAUUAUCUUUUCUUUAAUGAAUUAGCAGGAAAAAGUGAAUUAGAAAUGUUGGAAAUAUAUUAUAAGGCUUUUGAAAGAACGCCGAACGCAACUGCUGCAAAAAACGCUUGGGAUGAUGCAGGGGCCGGCGGGGGCAGAGAAAAGAUUACUAACGGGUAUAACUCGGCUAAAACUUUCCUGGGAAUAUAUGUAACUAACUAUGCAAGUGCCCUAAGUGAAAGCGACAAAGACAAGAAAAAAACGGCGUUAGAAAAAGUAAAAACUGAUUUACAAGCGUAUGUAACCAAAGGUAAUGUUACCACUGAUACUAGUCCAGAGGCUAAAUUAGGUAAAUUCACCAAACAAUCUAAUUUGGACAAAAUAUUAGCCGAUGCUAAUUUGAAAGACCCGGCUAAAAAAGUUUAUCAAGCCUUUGAUAAUUUGGGUGCGAAUAUAAAAACGGAUACUUAUUACGAUGCACUAGUGGCGUUAAUUGGCGAACUAGGCAAAAAUAUUGAUAAACCCAAAGAACUACGAACUAAUUUUGGUGCCGAACAUGUAGCCAAAGAAGCCGAAAAGCAAUUAGCCGCUGCGAUUGAAGCUGCUAAAGAGGUAAUGAAAGGCGAAGGUGAUGCAGUAACCAGAACGGAAAUUGACAAUUUUGAUAGUAUUCAAGUAACCCAAGAUAUUAAAUUGGUAUUUGAAAAAUGCAAAAAGGCUCAUGGUCCUGUUGCAAGCACCGAAAAGGAUGGUCUGAAAAGCGAUUUGAAAGGUUAUCAAACAAACAAAAAAGCUGCUUGGGAUAAAGUAAACCAAUACCAAAAAACCGCCGGCAAAGGAUACGCCGAUGAAGCUUUGGAAAGAGUUAAUGAAGGUCAGCAAAAAGACCAAGCAACUCAUACUAAGUAUGCGGCAAUGGGAAGUGCGAAAGAGGUGCGAGAAGAAGCAACCAAAGAUGGAGUGAGUGAUGAAACGCUUGUCAAACGGGGUCAGAUUAGUGCAGAAUUCAAAAAUUCUAAUAAGGAUGACGAGAAAGC